CAAAAUUGAGCUCUACGCCAUGAACAGUGGACAUCCCGACUCUGAGUCGUCGGCCAUUUCUCCAAGUCGCCGUAACAUUCGAAUGUCGUCGUCUGGAGCGUCUGAAUCAGAAGUAGAAACUUGCGAUGAGAACGUUGGAUUGUUGGGAUCCCGUGGGAAGAAAGUGAAGCAUGAGAGAUCGAACAGAGCUGAGCAAACUGCUCCACUUCAUAGACCUCUUGGAAGCCACGCCGAUGAAGCAACAAUUGAAUUUGGUGGCAGAAGCGACUAUCACGAUCCAUACACUUCUGAUGACGAAUUGUUGCACACAGGAAGCGAUGCAUAUGGAUCAACAGUCGGAGCAACGAUCUCUUUGAAGUUCAACGAAGCGUGUCGUGCCAUUCACAAUGGUCACUACCCACAGAGAAUUGCUCAGGGUUCCAGUGGUAGUUAUUUCGUCAAGAACAUGCACGACGAAAUCAUUGCCGUUUUCAAGCCAAAAAACGAGGAGCCAUACGGUUCACUAAACCCCAAAUGGUUGAAAUGGAUUCAUCGUGUAUUCCUUCCGUGCUGCUUUGGACGUAGUUGCCUGCCACCAAAUCAGGGAUACCUGUCAGAAGUUGGAGCUUCACUUGUGGAUGAGAAGCUCAAGCUGGGAAUCGUACCACCAACCGGGGUGGUUGAACUGGCGGCUCCAACUUUCUACUAUGACCGUAUUGACCGGGCGAAAGCACGGACGAAGGAGAGAAUUCAAUCAAGAUAUCCAAAUAUUGGAAGACGAUUUCAUCGAAUUGGACUACCGGAAAAGACGGGCAGCUUCCAAUUGUUUGUCAAGGGAUAUCAGGAUGCUGCUCACUGGCUGCGGACUUGGGUCAAUCAGCCGGAAACUGCACCACCGCCGGUUACACAACGAGAGUUUCAGUUUUUGUUUGAGAAAUUGGUGGCUCUUGACUAUAUAAUCCGUAACACGGAUCGUGGAAGUGACAACUGGCUUAUCAAGUACAUUCUUGCCGAUGUCAUUGAUCGCGCACCAGUUCACAACAAUGAUGUUCCAUGUGAUCCAGCAAACGCAAAACCUCAGGUACCUGGCGACGAGAAGCUGAUUGAUUUUGUCGAUUCGGAGGCGAAACCAGAUGCAGGAACGGCACGCGUCGUCGAUGAUCCAGCUCCGGCAGAGGUUGAAUGGGCUGAUGUUUCAAUUCCGACAGUUGACGUGGCCGCCAUCGACAAUGGAUUGGCGUUCCCGUUCAAACAUCCUGACGAGUGGAGAGCGUAUCCAUUUGGUUGGGCACUUCUCCCACAGGCUCAGAUUCCCUUUUCCGAUGAUAUUGUUGACCUGCUUCUGCCAAAGCUGGAUGAUACUAAUUGGGUGCGCGAGCUAUGCGGGGAUCUUCGACGUGUUUUCAAGAAUGACAAAGGUUUUGACAAAAAGAUCUUCGAAAAGCAAAUGUCUGUGAUGCGUGGACAAAUUUUCAAUUUGCGAGAAGCAUUGAUGAAGAAAAAGAGCCCUUACCAGCUCAUUCAGAUGCCACCUCAAUUGAUGGUUGAAGUCAAGCAAAAGAAGAAGAAGUCAAGACGAUCACGUAACGCUGAUUACGAAGAGGCGCCGAAUUAUGAUUCGGACGCUUCAACCGUGGUAAACACAUCUGGCAACGUUGAUGUUGAGCAGCCCGGUCCUUCCACGUCGGCUGCCGCUGCAGCUACUGCUGGCCCAUCAACUUCGGACGCCGGAGCAGCAUCAUCGACUGGUGGCUCCAAAUCGUGGCAGGAAACAUAUGAGCAAAAAGUGCAAACGAAAGCCCCGUUCUUCCGUUGGUGGUGAUUCACGAUUUCAAUUUUAAACAUUUUUUUUCCACGUCUAUCAUUUCUUUCCCCGCUAAACAUUUUUCCCCUUCCUCGAGUCAAGUUGCUCUUCUCUUGACAAGUAGUUGAUCUUCCAUCGAUUCGAACUCGGUUAUAUCUUAAACUAACCAAUAUUGUGUGUUGUAUUUUUGUAUUUUUCUAGCUUUAUUCGUUUUCCAUCAUUUCUAAAUUCCUAUUCCAAUUCUACCUGAUUUGUGAAAUUCCCCCCAAUCAUUUUCUCACAAGGUUCGUAUUUUUGUCAGUUGUGUUGUGUUCGUGGUCCCCUCUUCCCGUUUGACAUAUAUUUGUGAAUGAAUAACUUUUCUACAAAUUUCUUUAUUUAUUUGUAUCGUUCCAUUAUAACAAUAUCUGUUCGAACUA